AUGGAACCUUCAGACCGCGAAGUUACGUCUGCUGUUCAUGCUCAGCGGGUUGUGCGCGGUUUCCUCGGACGACUCGCAGGUAAAGGCGUGUCACCGUGCGUAACUCUGACGGUGAUGCUUGUUUCCUCGCCUUGUAAGGUCGGUUUGGGUGACGCUGACUUCUUCCUCGCCCUCCGUUGCGCCACUACGUGUGUGUACCCCUCGGCGGUAUUUCCCGACGAAUCUUGGGCAGCAAUUCGACAAGCGAAUUUGGUGUAUGAGAAGAUCUUCGAUCCGAGGACCCACGCUUACUACUACUACAAUACCUGCAGCUUCGAAACAACAUGGCAUGCAGCUUGGCGGCGGCGGCGAGGUCUCCGUAUGACUCGCGCUUUGUUGGCCUCCGUGGUAAGCAAGGUGCUCGAUGAAUCCACUGGUGCACACUACUACUUCAACGGUCUCAGUGGCGAGACAUCUUGGUCCAAGCCCGCCCUCUUUGGUGCCGAGGAUGUCGAGGACUAUCCGUCAGCCAUGUUGCUUGCGGAAGGGCAAAACACCGCGGAACCUUUCGGCACAGGGAUCUAUGACUACGAUCAAUCUCAGGGGUGGGUGGGACAAGAAGCUUGGACCAAAGAGCAAAAGGAGCAGGAACAGCAACAUCAUCAACAACACGCGGGCGUUAGCGACGGUGAUGCCAACACCGCCGAAGAGGCAGGCUACGAGGGGUGGGUAUGGGACGACACCUCCGGCUGGUAUUACGACGAAGACCUGGCGACACAACUCCUCACCGGGGGCGUAGACGUCGUUUCCAAGAAAGGGUCAGAUGACGGCAACGUUACCGCUUCAGUGGAAGUCGAAAGCGAAAGCGAAAGCGACACUGAUAGCGACAGUGAGGAGGAUGGUACCGACGAGCAAGCUGGUGAGGGAAAGAAACAAAGGCGAAAACGGAGGCGUCGAAGCAUAGCCCCCAGAAACUUCCCCAGGUCGAAGGCCCAACGCUUGGUCGACGAAGCGGAGGACAGCGUAGACGGAGCGCGGCCCGAAAUCUUGGACCUAAGCAAGUUGGACAUGGAUAGAGUUACUUCAAGGGUCUACAGACUGGACUGGUUGCAAAGGUUGGAUCUGUCCAACAACCGACUCUACAGGAUUUCUUCCGAUCUUGCUGGCAUGGAGAACCUUGUCGACGUUAACUUUCGGCAUAACAGGUGGGUGAGAGAAGUUUCGCAGGCCAGAAUCCAGGCCAUUCCAGAUGAGUUGGAAGCGCUGACGAAGCUCAAGCACCUGCAACUGGGGCACAACCGAAUUUCCGGCUUCAGAGGCAACCUCUACCUCAUCAGUUCGCUUGAGACCCUCGAUCUGGGGCACAAUAGGCUGAAGGAGGUACCGCUCCAAGUAGGAGACUUGCAGCUGCUCAAGAGGACGCGCGAGUGGGAGGUAGGACGACAAAGUCCAUAA